UUAUAAACAUAAACACGAGUGACGUUACACGACGUAACUUAGCCUAAUUGUUUUAAAAAAUAAUUAAAAUGUCCAACCUAAGUGGUUAUGAUGGUGAGGCAGUCGGCUUUGACUCAGUCAAGCUCAGUAAGACUGAAGAAAAGGACUCUUCAACACAAACUACGGAGUACGGAGAAUCUGGAGUUUCCUCUCAAACCAAUGUCUCCAAAGACACCGGGUCUUUGGUCACAGCUGAUGAACUAAACGCUCAAGACGAGGUUUUAAAGGAAUACCCCCCUCCCUUGCUCACGGAGUUUCUGAAAAAGGUCGUCCCAAAAAUGCUGGAACAACUCGAUCAUAGUGAUAAGGACUUGCUGUACAAUUCUUCGGAUUCUGAUGAGGAGGAGGUUCUGAAUGCGAAGCUGUUUCAAGAGAUUAAGUUGACGGAUCUGCCAGGCAUGGCAGGCGGAGAUCAGUCGCGUUGUGUCCUUGAUAUGUCUUGGAGUAGCGCUGGAAAUUCCUUCGCUGUCUCCGUAGGUAGACUACAGCAUAAAAACUGGUGUGUCGAAGAUGGUUUGAUCAGAAUUUUUACUCUCAAGAGGACAGCUGGAGACACCUUUGUCAGAACUCUAGAUUUGACUGAGAAGAGUUGUGUGACUAAGCUGCUGUAUCACCCAACAGUAUCAGCUCUCCUAGCCUACGGCACAACUUCUGGAGAAGUAGUUCUAUGCAACUUGAGGAAUUUAGACGCAAUUUUACUGACUUCACCAGCUGGUGUUCACGAUUCUAAGCGUGUCACCGCCUUGUUCUGGGCUGAUCCUGCUCUCGCCAACAUCUUCUUAACCAUGCAUAUCAUGAACACUGGGAAAAGACGGGGUGCUUCCGACCAGAUUCUCAUCUCAGCUGGUUGCGAUGGCACUAUCAACGUUUGGCGAGUGAAUGCCGGCCAAAAAGUAUUUGAAAAUGUAAUCUGCUAUUGUCUAAAUGGGUCUAGAAAUAUGGAUUCCGUUAAUAUAAGCUGCUUCGACUUUAUAAAGACCUAUCCGUUACGUCCGAGCGAGGAGAAAAUUGCUGAUGAUAUUUUUGUAGUUGGAUCCACAUCAGGAACUUUAUACCUUUGCAAGAUCAAGACUUAUCAGCCAAUUGUUGAUAGUAAAUGCGUGGAUCCUGUGUACGAGGUGUUUCAAGGACACAUCGGUUUUGUCCUGGAUGUGGCGUUCAGUUAUCAGAAGCCUGGAGUCUUCGUGUCUGCCUCCAUUGAUUCGGAAGUCAGAAUCUAUGAUGUUAGCCAAUCUAGUCCUUUAAAGGUGAUCAACAUUGACAAGGCUAUCUCCUGCAUGUCCUGGCUGCCGAACAACCCUUGCGUCAUUGUGCUGGGGCUGGCCAAGCCGGAUGCUCAACUGCUGCAGGUGUACAAUGUGAACAGCGGUCGUCGUGUGCCGGUGGAGGGGCUGUCUGGACCCGGCGGCUGCAUCGUGUGCAUUAAGAUCAACCAGACUAGUGUAUGUCGCAUCGCCGCAGCGGACACGAGUGGCAGUAUUCGAGUGUGGGAGCUUCCGACGCGUCGCAUCAAGAUCACUCCGGGAGACCUAGAGUUUUAGGUAGCCUAGCUUUAAAUACUAGCUGCGAACGCUUACCAUCAGGUGAUCUGUCUGCUCGUUUGUCGCCUUUGCAAUAACAAGUACCUAAUACAUAUUUUUUUGUAUGUUAACACAUUCAGUGCCACCGACACGCUCGGAGAGUCCAUGUAAAUAUUCCAGUGCCACCGACUCGCCCGGAGAGUUCAAUGUUUUUGCUCUUUCUUUCCAAAAUGCAGGUGAAUUUUCUGCUUAAAAUAAUAUACUGAAGACUAAACAUACCCUAAGCUAAAGAAUUUACGUGAACUCUCUGGGCGUGUUGGUGGCACUGAAUGUGUUAAACGGUUUCAAUGAGCUCUAUUCUACCAACCAAGUCCUUCCGUUAGAUAUCCAUAAUGGAGGUAGUUGUGGAAACAAUUACAUCAUAUUGUAUGCUCAUCGAUAUUAACAGUGUGUACUGAAUGUCAGAUCGAUCUGUCGUCAGGAAGGGGGUGAAAAGCCUGGGUUUUAAAACUAGCUAGCUGUGGUAAAAUUAUUGGAGUAGGUGUCUUUGCAAUGAGGAUUUUCCAACUUUAUCUUGGUUGCCAGAUGACCGGGAUUUCCGAGAUUGUCCCGGAAUGUUGUGUGCUGUCCCGUGUCCAGUAAUUUUACUUUGCUGUCCCGGAAUGAAAAAAUACUAGUUUUUUUCACAAAAAUACAAUACUAUGGCUGCAAAAGUCAAACCAAACGUUGUAACGUGCUCGCAAGUCGCGCUGCGUGAGUUGAGGGGCGGGAAGGGUGAGUUCUAGGUACCUACUUAAUUCCUACUUUUACAGUUUAGUCUCGGAUGGGACACCAAAACUCAGAUUCCGAAGGUGGCCCUAGAAAUGUCCAGGAAAUUAUCAGUCUGAAUCUGGCAACCGUAGCCAUUACGGUAAAAAAUAAGUAUGAUCGUUAUGUAGUUUCUUAGUUGGGUACACAAUACCCGCGGGAAGACUAGGUGCGGUGACAAAUGUCGUACUCUGACGUCACUACACAGCUGGUUACACGUGUAAGCAACGCGUGUAUCUCCAUGAUCACCUUGUUUCGAUAAAAUGUAAAUAAAAUAGUAAUGUGUCUACACAACGACACAUCAACUCAAGUAAAACCAGUAUAAACUGACCGUCGAAUGAGCGGUCCGUACGAUGCGGAUCUGUGGACGCAGUUGUAUGAGUUUCUAUACUACUGAGGUUCUAAACAUAUUAAAUCCGUUGCGUGUAAUGUGUCCAAUAUCAUCUAUAAGUCAGCUCAUAGGUACCCUGUCUGUAUACCAAUUUUCAUCAAAAUCCUUUCAGUAGUUUCAGCGUGAUUGACGGACAAACAUUCAAAAAAAACUUUCACAUUUAUAUCUAAUAUUAAUGUGUGAUUAUGAUUAUUUGUAAAUAAACAUAAUAAAAUUGUCAAUCUCACAAUCUUGAAAUUUGAGAGAUCGCGGUUUAGCUCCAAUCUCGCAAUCUCGAAAUUGGCGAGAUCGCGCUUUAGCUCCAAUCACGCGCGAUCUCGAAAUUUAACGAUAUCUCACGUUGGUCCCAAUCUCACAAUCUCGAAAUUGGCAAUACCUCUCUUCAGCCCCAAUCUCACAAUCUCCAAAUUGGCGACACCUCUUUUCAUCCCCAAUCUCGCGAGAUUAGCAUCCCUACUGCGGAAACAUCGUAUAAAGCGAGUCCAUGAUAAACUGGUUAUACCUAUAUGUAUGUACAUACGUAAAAUAUUGUUAGUCUUGCAUAUUUGUACACAUGGUACUGUGUUGCAAUAUUUAUGUAAACUGACGUAUUGCCAAUUUUCUGUUGAAUUUGCUAUAGUUUAUGCUUAUUAAUAUUAAUUCAGGUGCAUUAUAGGUAGGUAUGAAGUAUUGCGUAAUCACUACAUAGUACAAAACAAAGUCGCUUUCUCUGUCCCUAUGUCCCUUUGUAUGUUUAAAUCUUUAAAACUACGCAACGGAUUUUGAUGCGGUUUUUUUAAUAGAUAGUGAUUUUGACGUGCAUGCACACCAAUAAGUUUGGGAGAGCCAUGCUUCGGCACUGCUGGGUCGGCUCGACCGGAGUGAUACCACGGCCGAGCAGAAAACUGACGUGGAACAACGCUUGCGCUGUGUUUCGUUAUGUGAGUGAGGUUACCGGAGGCCGAUUCACCCCUCCUCCCCAAUCUUCUUUAUCCCUAAAUCCCAACAACCCUUUAAUUCCUAACCCCCAAAUCGCACUUGUAACGCCUCGGGUGUUUCAAGUGUCCACGGGCGGCGGCGAUUGCUUACCAUCAGGUGAUACGUCUGCUCGUUUACAGCUGAACCAAUUUCGAUAAUACUUUAUGUGUUGGGUAUUGUUAUUGUUAGGAAAAGAUUCUACAAUACAGAUGAGCAGAAAAUGUCUUAGGCGAGACAAAGUUCGCGGCGUUCGCUAGCUACUUAUAAUGAAUUAUGUAUGAAACACAAAGAAAUGUAUUUAAGUUACUAUAACGUAUUUAUUUUGCUUGUUCUUUUGUAAAAUAAACUUAAUAUUAAAAA